AUGGGGCCCAAUAGGGCUGACGCCAAUACGGAGCUGAUGCCGAUAAGAAGAGAACAUGUUCUAGCUGGUAGUUGGCUGCCCACUGAUGGUGUCAGUGUAUGGGAUCUGACAGCCAGAAAGCUACUAAGCUUCAUCAAGGUGCAGAAUCGAAGACCAGACGUGGACGGCGAGUACGUCUACGCGUGUCGAUACUGGCGUUCCUAUGAUUACAACCGCAAAGGUAAGUACGCUCUGGUCGGUGGAAGUGGAACCAAUAGCCUGGAAGUGAUAAAUCUCCAUAACAGAUACAUCACAUGUUCCUACCCCAGCCCGGGCACUAUACUCGCCGUCACCAGCUACCAAGAACGCAUAGCAUUCGCAGGCACCUCCAGUGCCUUCACAAUUGUCUCCUUCUAUGACCCCAAACUACAAAAAGAGAAGUACCAAGCCGCUAUCGACGCUGAUUAUGACUACUCAAAGCCAGCUCCCGGCACGAUCACUCUUUAUCACGAUGACGUGAGCAUGUACUCCUCCACUGAUCAGACUCCAGACACAGACAUGCCCGAAAGCCCAUCUUCAACUGGAACUGAUACCCCAAAGUCGUCAUAG